AUGCCAAAGAUUGCAGCUUUAACAAAAACAAAUACAGUACAACAUCGUAUGCUUUAUACUUCUCCAAUCAUUCGUGCUGCAAAUCCACAAUCCGGUAAACCUGCUUCGGAUAACCUAGGUCAUAUGGUUAAAAAUGUAAAAGAAGAAGCAAAAGGUGUAGGAGCUUCAAUCGGUUCAGCCGUUGCAGGAACUUCUUCUACUUCUUCUUCUGACCCUGCUAAUGAUUCACAAGCAAAAGAAGCCGGUCAAACAAACGAACUCGUUUCCGAUGCAAAAACGAUCGUUGGUGAAAUGGUACAAAGGGUUCCAAGACCAGCUUUGCUUUGGGGUGCAGCAGGUAUUGUACCUUACGUUAGUACAGCAGGUGCUUCCGUUUAUCUUGCUCGUCAAGCACAAUUGGUCGCUCAAGGUUUAGAUUCUCAUAUUGAUUUCGAAACUGCUUCUGCAUUAUUGCUUCAUGCCGAGAACGUUCAAAUCACCUUUGGUGCUGUUUUGCUAUCAUUCUUGGGUGCAAUUCAUUGGGGGUUCGAAUUCGCAAAAUUUGGUGGAGCGGUUGGAAAUCGAAGAUACUUUUUGGGAUUAGUUCCAGUCAUGGUUGCCUGGCCAACAUUGAUGCUCACACCCCAAUUAGCCUUAGUGGGUCAAUGGGCAGGUUUCGUUUUGACUUGGUUUAUUGACUUACGUGCAACUUCACAAGGAUGGGCACCAAAAUGGUAUUCUUCUUACCGUUUCGGUCUUUCACUUGCCGUUGGUGUUUCGAUCAUUGCCACUUUGGCCGGAACGAAUUAUUAUGAUGCUGAUAACUCUCGUUCUUCUGCACGUGGUAUCGGUCGUAGAUUAUCAAAAGUGAAAGCUGAAGCUUCAGAAAAUACUGAAGAUAUGGUCAAACGUAUUGCCGCAGGCGAUCAAGGUACUCCUGUUCAUCAAGAAAAGGUGGGCGGAGAUGUUCAAGCGGAACAUACAGGCGCACAAGGAGAUAGCUUUGUAAAGAUUCGUAACCCAAAACGUGAAGAAGAAGAGCGCAAGAAGAAGGAAGAAGAGGAAAAGAAGAAGAAGGAAGAGGAGGAAAAGAAGAAGAAGGAAGAAAAGGAAGGAGGCGAAGAGAAGAAGGAGGAAAAGGAAGGAGGUGAAGAGAAGAAAGACGACAAAGAAUAA